GAGGCAGUGAGACGCAAGACGUGUUCUGAUUCUGAAUACGCUUGGAAGAUUUCAACAAGACUUCUGGACAGCCAGAUGUGGGCUCUAUACCCCGGCUGGUUCCACAUACCGAGACCAAGGCAAAGAAGCUGCCACUGUCUUCUUUUUGGAAUCCUGGAGCUGAAGCAGAAAAAGUGACAUCUGGCUGAUGCUCUAAGUGGACAAAAGCAGGUGAUUACACAACAGGAAAUGGCAGAAACUGAAGAUUUUGUGGGUCAGGAGCCACAUCCAGUUGAUGAUGAUUUAUUUAAAGAACCAACGAAAAAAAGAAGACGGUCAGAUCGAGACCAGCGGUUCCGAGCGUUUCCCUCUGUGGAACAAAGCGCCCUUAAGGAAUAUGAAAAACUGGAGUCACGGACCAGAAGGGUUUUGAGCAACACUUACCAGAAACUCAUUCAGUCUGUGUUCCUGGAUGACAGCAUCCCUAAUGGUGUCAAGUACCUCAUAAACAGGCUUCUUGCCUUGAUUGAAAAACCGUCAUUGGACCCAAUCUACAUCGGAUUAUUUGGAAGCACUGGGGCUGGGAAGAGCUCCCUGAUCAAUGCCAUCAUCCAGCAAGCCAUGUUUCUGCCAGUGUCUGGAGAAAGUAUAUGUACCUCAUGUAUUGUUCAAGUGAGCUCAGGCUGCUGUGAGCAGUAUGAAGCCAAAAUCCACCUACUCUCCGACCAGGAGUGGAAGGAGGAACUGAAGAACUUGACGAAACUCCUGCACAGGCCUGAGGCGCUGGGCAGAGAAGAAGAGGAUGCCUGGGACAGGGCUGAUGCAGUGGAGGAAGCCAUUUGGAAGCUGCAAAUGUUUUAUGGAAACGGGGCCGCAAGGAAGAACUAUGAGGAGUUACUAAGGGCAAAGCCCAAAGGAAAGAUUCCCACCUCCAGAGUCAUCACCCUCAAGGCGGAAGAGGCAGGAGAGCUGUCUCUCAAGCUGGACCCCUACAUCCGGACUCAGAGGAGAGGCUGGGAUGAAGGAUCAGCUGAGACACAAAUCUGGCCCUUGAUCAAACUGGUGGAAGUGACUCUUCCCAAAUCGGAGCUGAUUCCAGCAGGGGUUGUGCUGGUGGACAUUCCAGGCACAGGCGACUUCAACAGCAAGAGGGACGAGAUGUGGAGAAAGACGAUUGAUAAAUGCUCAGUGAUCUGGCUGAUCAGUGACAUUGAAAGAGUUUCUGGAGGGAGAGCCCAUGAAGACCUUCUGAACGAGAGCAUCAAAGCCUGCCAAAGGGGGUUCUGCAGGGACGUGGCCCUGGUGGUCACCAAGACCGACAAGCUCCACUUGUCGGAAUAUCUAAGGGAAAGAAAAGUGGGAAGUCAAGCUAUUCAAAGUCAGCGAGAGGCUGUUUUAGAAAGAAAUGAAAUGAUAAAGCUACAAAGGAAUAAAGUUCUCAAGGAAAAACUAAAGAGAAAACUGCCAGCUGACUCCAGGGUUCUGGAAGACUCAGAGCUGGUGUACACGGUCAGCGCCCAGGAAUACUGGCAGCAGGCUCUCCUCACCGAGGAGGAAACCGAAAUCCCCAAGUUAAGAGAAUAUAUCAGGAGGAGGCUCUUGGAUAAGAAGAGGAGGAUGGCGACCAAGUACGUCACUGAAGCUUUUGGCCUGUUGCUCCUCACAGACAGUUUCAGCUGCACAGACAACCUGCCGAACGAAUACUUGCACGUGAGUGGCCUGCGGAGAUUUGUGGAAGAGGAGAUAGAGCUGCUGGAGAAGGCCAUCGACCAGUGCUUUGCCCACAUAGUGCAGCCUCUGCAAGAAGGGGUCCGAAGUGCCAGGAGUUCCUACCGACAGAUCCUUGGGGCGUGCCUGGUGAGGAGUAGAGGAAACCAGGGUUUUCACCAGACUCUGAAAGCGGUUUGCCUGAAAAAUGGUAUCUACGCCUCCAGGACUCUUGGGAGAAUAGAUCUGAACGAAGCCAUCACGCAGCCCAUCUAUGAACAAAUUGAUCCCGUGUUUGGAGGCAUUUUUAGGUCUGGGAAGCCCACUGAUGGUUCAGCUCUGAUGCCCCACAUAGAUGCUUUUAAGCACUCUCUGCAGGAGAAGAUGACGGAAAUUGGGAUAAGAAAUGGCUGGAAAUAUGAUAGCUAUAAAAAGCGUUUCCUGAUCCAGGAGAUAAGCGCCAUCCUGGGAGGCCUGGAGGGACACAUCCUCAGAAAGAAGAGGAGGAUUUAUGAGUCUCUCAGCACCUCUGUUCAGAACGACCUGAAGCCCUGUUACGAAGAGGCAGCUCAGAUCACGGGCAAAAAAGCAUGUGAAAGAAUGAAAGAUGUCCUCAGAAGAGGGCUGGACCAGCAGGUGGCCGAGGGCAUGUUCGAACGGGCUCAAGAAAGGAUGCAGCACCAAUUUCACCACCUGAAGAUGAGAAAACUGAGGCAGAGAGAGGUGUAUCAAGAGGUCGCACAGCUAAAUGGAAUCACGGAGAAGGUGAAGGGCAGCAUCACCACCAUGGUGACCCUUGCUUCGUCCCAGGGCGAUGGGCUCCACAAGGAGCUAGCAGAUGUCAAAAGUGAAUACAAGGAGCUGGAGAAGCUGCACAGGAGCCUGAGGGAGGUUGCUGAGAAUGCACUGCUGCGUAGGGGCAUGCAAGAUUUCCUUCUGAGAAUGUCCCCCAGCAAAUCUGGCCCCCCCAAAACAUAGAUUUAAUUCUUGGGGCUUAGCACCAUGGAGUACAAACCUGGAGGCAAAAAAUCAGAUUUACUACUGUUUGUUAAAACCUAAUA